AUGUGCAGGUCACGCAGUUCCGUGCCGUUUCUCCCACUGGCGCUGUUCCUGCUGCUGUUGGCGAUGCACUGCGCCGGUGGGUGCCUCGCCGCCGCUCCCGCCCUGAGGCACCGCUGCAACUUCGACGAGGUGAUGCGAAAAAGCGGCCCACUGCCGACUGCGGUGGUGCGUGAGCUUCCGCGCAAGGGACAGGGCGCGAUGCAGGCGUACACCGUCGCCUCUGCAGGAAAUGGCAACGAUGCCUGGGCGCCCAUCCGCAUUUUGGUGUCCACGGAGGAUCUGAGGGACUCACGUAAGUACUGCAAUGAAACUGGGGUGUCCCGCACGGACUUCACGCGCAGUCUGCUUCCUUGCCAGGAGGGGCAUGUAUUCACGACGGAGAAGAAGAAGAUGUACGAAAACUUUUUACUUCCUCGAGCCGUCAAGCUGCACACUGACCGGCUCCUUGUCAAACCCUUGGCUGGCGCGUUGGUUGUGCCACAUGCCCUUCCUUUCCCGUGCUAUGUGUUUAAAAUUCCGUCUGACCACAAGUCGACGGGUGUACGUAACGCCGACAUGGUCCUCUACGCUGCUGCUGGGCCAAUGUCCGGUGGGGUCGCCGUGGGAAAGAUGUGUGCUGUACUGGAGGAUGGCCGUCCGUCGGUUGGUGUCGUGAACUACAAUCCGCAGCAAAUUGUUCAAAGGGAGCUCGCCGUUCGCAUCCUUGCACAUGAGAUUGCGCACGCCCUUGGAUUUGGCUACCGAAACCUGCAAAACAAGAGCCUUGUGUCUUACGAGUGGGUGGCGCGUGAGAAGUCCUCGGUGAUGAUGGUGACUGGAAGCAACGUUAAAGAGAAGGCGAAAGCGCACUUCAAGUGCGACUCUCUCAAGGGCAUGGAGCUGGACGACACGGCCUUGAAGGGCGCGGCAUCCCACUGGAAAGGACGCAAUGCCCGUGACGAACUGAUGGCUCCAGUCGUCGGUGUCGGCCGCUACACGGCGCUGACGAUGGCGGCGUUUGCCGACCUGGGCUACUACAGCGUCAAUUGGGGCAUGGCGGAGCCGAUGAGCUGGGGCAACGGCGUCGGCUGCACGUUCUUGGAGAAGAAGUGCAGGGAGAUCAACAACCUCACCUCCAUCUAUUCCCACAUGUUAUGCGAUGAGAAAGACACUGCGACGCUUCGCUGCUCAGCUGAACGCCACCACGUCGGGAAGUGUACCGGCUUCAUUCGUAACAGUAAUGAGAAUUGCCCCUUCGUUUCGUCGUUUCUGACUAAAUCCAUGAGUGGGGAUUCAGUUUUCAGCAGGUGCUCGGAUGAGAGCGUUGCUUCUCUCCCUGGGUCGCUGACUGGCAAGGGCUCGUGGUGCCUGGAUGCGGAAUUCCUGCAGGCGAAGGCCAGCAACGGCAGUGACUAUGCGAGCGUCAGCGGUGUGUGCGCGCAGGUGCAGUGCGCGGGGGGCAAGGUGAAGGUGAAGUACCUCGGCGGGAGUGGUUUUGAGCCGUGCCCCGAGGGCGGCGAAAUCCAAGUGACGGCGUCGGAGCACUUCAAGAACGGCGGCAAGAUCAAGUGCCCGAGGUACGAGGAGGUGUGCACCGUCGCCGCUGAUGGCAGCGGGUUCCCCUUUGAAUGGGAUGAGUUGGAGCUCCAACGUGCGAACGCGGGUCCCCCGCACACUUUUUCCAACGGCGUGCUUCCGUGGGCGCGAAAUGCCUACGCCUACAUCACGGGCAGGGACGGCAGUGCGGCAGCCGCUGUUGGCUUAAGUUCCUUUGCGCUUCUUGCUGUGAUCACCGCCGCUGUGGCAGUGCUGCCGCUUUAA